AUGUCUACAUCUACUCAUUCCACACCACGAUCGAGAUCUGAUGACUCGAGGAGCACUCCCGUCACUGAACAUAGUGAUAGUGCUCGAUUCCAAGACGUUGCAGUCGUCGGCAUGUCCUGUCGUGUCGCCGGCGGCAUCCAAAGCCCCGAACAACUCUGGCAAGCUUUGCUGGGCCAAAAGGUAGCAUCUACCGAAAUGCCACCCAAGCGCUGGGCACCAUAUCACAACCGAGACCCCCGCAACUCGAAAGUAAUGAGCCAAGUACCCAACCGUGGAUACUACAUCGAAGAUAUCGAAGGAUUCGACUGUAAGUUUUUCGGUAUCUCUCCGAAAGAAGCAGAGCAGAUGGACCCACAGCAACGUGUCUCGCUUGAGGUUGCUUGGGAGGCGCUCGAGGAUGCUGGGAUUUCUGCGAAGACGCUGGGUGGUAGUGACACUGCUGUUUUUUGGGGCGUGAAUUCGAAUGAUUAUGGAAGUCUUAUCUUGGAGGACCUGGCGAAUAUUGAUGCUUGGAUGGGAAUUGGGACGGCAUAUUGCGGGGUUCCGAAUCGGAUCUCGUAUCACCUGAAUUUGAUGGGGCCCAGCGUUGCUGUUGACGCGGCAUGCGCUUCUUCACUCGUUGCUGUUCAUCAUGGCGUCAAAGCCAUCGUCGGAGGUGAAUCCAAGGUUGCGAUCGUCGGUGGCGUGAACGCACUCUGCAGCCCAGGCUUGACAACGGUCCUGGCUAGGGCUGGGGUUAUUUCUUCCGAGGGCCAAUGUCGGUCGUUCGAUGAUACCGCGAAUGGUUACGGUCGUGGAGAAGGUGCCGGUGCCGUUGUCCUGAAGAACCUCAGUCAAGCCGUCCACGACGGAGAUCACAUCAUGGCAGUCAUCAAGGGCAGCGCGGUAGCCCACAACGGCAGAAAUAACGGUAUCAUGGCCCCAAAUGCCAAAGCACAAGAACUCGUCGCACAGAAAGCACUCAACACCGCAGACAUAAGUCCCCAUACGGUGCGCUACGUCGAAGCCCAUGCCACAUCCACUGCCCUAGGAGACCCAACAGAAGUUUCCGCGGUUGCAAAAAUCUACGGUAUCGGAAGGCCAAGUGACGAUCCAUGUUAUAUUGGCUCUAUCAAGCCCAACAUCGGCCAUCUGGAGGCUGGUGCAGGAAUUAUGGGUCUCAUAAAGGCUGUUCUCGCUGUCCAAAAAGGCAUCCUACCCCCUCAAGCGAACCUGCAAACGCUCAAUUCACGGAUUAACUGGCACGAAGCUGGCCUUCGGGUCGUGCAGAAACCAACCGAUUGGCCAAACCCGGAUGAGCUGCGUCGCGCAGCCGUGUGCUCUUAUGGCUAUGGCGGAACAGUAUCACACGCCGUUCUCGAAGAGUUCCCGCAGUACACGAAGCCAUCUGCGUCAGACGGAGAGAAUAUCCACAGCACGGGCGCGCAGCUAUUGCUUCUGUCGGCACCUCAGGAGCAGCGCCUGGCCUCUUUUGCAGAAUCACUCAGCUCCUGGAUUCGCCAGCAGGGUUCUGAACUUGAUCUGGCUGGCGUGUGUCAAACGAUGGCUACUCGACGUAGCCACCACGACUUCCGGACAUCUGCAGUUGUCGAAGACAUUGAUGGCGCCCUCGCUGCUUUGGAUUGCAUACAGCAACGCUCGAGUAGCGAUCCAUGGACUGCACAAAGUCGUAUCCUCCCGUCCAAUGUGAGAAAGGAUGUCGUCUGGGUUUUCUCUGGUCACGGGGCGCAGUGGACGGACAUGGGGAAGGAAUUGAUCAACAACCCGGUUUUCUUUGAUACAAUCCAACCAAUCGACGCUGUUAUCCGCGAGGAGAUCGAUUCGUCGCCCAUCGAAUGGUUGCAGCAGGGUGACUUCGAGUUGUCAGAUCGCGUUCAGAUCUUGACCUACAUCGUACAGAUCGGAAUUAGCGCCGUACUUAACAGCCAUGGCAUUUUUCCACAGGCAGUCAUCGGUCAUUCGGUAGGAGAGAUCGCUGCUUCUGUGGUUGCUGGUGCGCUUUCACCGGUCGAGGGAGCGGUGAUUGUCACACGGCGGGCAAUUCUAUACAGGCAGGUUAUGGGCUAUGGAGCGAUGGCUUUGAUCAGCCGGAGUUCUGAGGAUGUUUGUCGGGACCUCAACGAAAAAGAUACGAGUACUGUGACUGUUGCUAUCGACACAUCCCCGUCAUCCUGUGUUAUCGCUGGCCCCAAAGAGGACGUUGCCAGUAUCAUUCAGCAGUAUCAGGAGCAAGGAGUCAAGACUUUCACCGUCAAGACAGAUAUCGCAUUCCACAGUUCCGCGGUCUUGGGUCAACUGGGAGAUCCUCUUUCGGUAGCGCUCCAGGAUGUCUUGCAACCUACUCAGCCGACAGUCCAGCUGUAUUCGACUUCGCUCUCGGACGCUCGAGGCCAAGACACUCGGGAUACCAGUUACUGGGUGGACAACAUGGUCAGACCAGUACGGCUGACUUCUGCUGUCGGUGCUGCCAUUGAGGACGGCCACCGGAGGUUCUUGGAAGUCUCCAGUCACCCUGUCGUAUCCCACUCAAUCAGCGAAACUAUCAUGGACCGUGGCAUUGACGACUUCACAGUCCUUCCCACCCUCUGCAGAAACCAACCGGCGGAGAAGAGCAUUCUCCAUGCAGUUGGUCGACUGUACUGUAGCGGAGCGGAUAUCAGCAAUUCGAAACAGCAUGUGGUGAGCAAGUGGAUUCAAGGGAUACCAAUGAGUCCCUGGAUGCAUCGUCCCCUAUGGCGCGAAGCGACAACAACUGGAACCGCGGACAUGCAUGAUGUUGACACACACACUCUUCUGGGCAAGCGGACUGCUGUGGCCGGAACCGAGAUGGUGGUUUUCUCGACGACUUUGGACCAGGAAACGAAGCCUUUCCCGUUGAGCCAUCCGGUUUCUGGGACAGAAAUCAUUCCUGCCGCAUGCUUGAUCAAUACCUUCCUGAGAGCUACUGGCAAGUCCACGUUGCAAAACAUCAAUUUAAGAGUGCCCGUUGCCGUUGGUACUCCGCGAAACAUUCAGGUGGUGGUGCAGCAAGAUCAUCAGGUGAAACUCAUGUCACGACUAAUAGAAAGCGAGCAAAGCGACGAAAGCUCUUGGGUCACCCACACUACUGGUCAUAGUUUCAACACUCAAUCUGAUGCCACCGCAGAAGUGAGGUUCGACAUACCCGCAGUGAAGACCCGUAUCGGCGCACAGCUACGGGAUAAUUUCACCAUCGACUACCUCGUAAAGGUUGGAGUUGGCGCCAUGGGAUUCCCAUGGACGGUGACUGAGCACCAUGGCAACACCAACGAAAUGAUCGCACGAGUCGACGUCGCCCCAGGGGUGGGAAGCAUCAAUGCCUGGAACCCUUUGUCGUGGGCACCGUUCCUGGAUGCUGCAACAUCCAUUGGAUCUACCAUCUUCUUCGACAUGCCUCGAUUGCGCAUGCCAGCGCAGAUUCAGCAGGUGGAUGUUUUCACGGAGCAGAAUCCGCCCAAGGUUGGUUGGGUUUACGUGCAGCAAGACACCAGCACGGAGUAUUCCAGCCAUGUCCAUAUACUAGACGAGUCUGGAACAUUACUAGCCAAGUUUACUUCCAUGCGUUUUUCGGAAAUCGAGGGUACGCCUGGUACAAGCGGAGGAAACAUCGCAGGUCUUGUGCAUCGAAUGGCAUGGACACCAGCUCUGCCCGCAGAAAAGCCUAUUCGCGUUGAGAAAGCCAUUUUGAUCAGCAAUGAUGCCUCCAUGACCGACAUUUAUGCAAAGACCUUGCCUGCCCAUAUCCGGUCACUUCAGCUUUCUGCAGCCGUUGAUCUUGGCAACCAGCUUCCACACGACUUUGUACCCGAACAAGGCACGGUAGUCGUUUACAUUCCACACGAGGUGCAUUCACUUCAGGAAGUGCCUGUUAUGACCGAGCACUUCACCUGGCAACUUCUGGAAAUCACAAAAUUUGUCGCUCAGAAGUCCCUCCCUGUCAAGAUCUUCGUGCUUACUGAUGAUGUGACGCGAGGGGAAACACCGACUGCUCUCGCCCACGCACCGCUACUGGGCCUCAGUAGAAUCAUUGCUAGCGAGAACCCUGAUUGCUUUGGAGGUCUCAUUGACUGUGAGCAACGGGUUAUGCCUCUAGCCGCCAUGAAAUACAUCCAGGGGGCCGACAUCAUCCGCAUCAACGACGGAAUUGCCCGAAUAGCUAGACUUCGUGCUCUUUCCCCAGAAGACCGGAACCAUCAACCGUCCAAAUCGCUAUCUCGACCGGAGGGUACCUACCUCAUUGUGGGUGGUCUAGGUGUACUUGGACUCGCGGUGGCCGAGUUCUUGGCUGAGCAAGGAGCUCGACGUCUGGUGCUUGCUUCCCGACGCUCGCUUCCGCCGCGGAGAACCUGGAACGAUAUUCACGAUAGUGACCUGCAGUCGACAAUCGCGAAGAUCCAAGCCCUGGAGCAAAAAGGUGUCAGCGUCCACACCGUGUCUGUUGACAUCGCCAGUACAAGCGCAUCCAGUUUGCUGGGAGCAUUGGACCGGCUGAGUCUUCCUCCAGUCUUGGGCGUGGUUCACGCAGCUGGAGUGCUAGAGAACCAGCUCAUCGUGGAGACCACUCAAGACGCCCUCAACCGCGUCCUGUCAGCCAAGGUUAGCGGAACACUGACUCUGCAUGAGGCCUUCCCGCCGAAAUCACUGGAUUUCUUUGUUCUGUUCUCCUCCUGUGGCCAGCUGUUUGGAUUCACCGGUCAAGGCUCGUAUGCCAGCGCGAACGCUUUCCUCGACACACUCGCCACGCAUCGCCGGAGUCUGGGUGACAAUGCGGUUGCUUUCCAGUGGACCGCGUGGCAGGGUAUGGGCCUGGGAAGUGAUAGCGAUUUCGUCACUGCGGAACUCGAAAGCAAGGGUAUCACAGAUGUCAGUCGCCACGACGCUUUCCAGGCGUGGCUGUACCUUGCACAGUACGACAUGGAUCACGGCGUGGUGCUACGCAGCCGCGUCUUUGAUGAAGAAGAACCGCUUCCAACGCCCAUCCUAAACGAUAUCGCCAUCCGUCGAGCCUCAGAGUCUAGUGACGGUAAUCAGAGUAAGACUGGCAGCAAGCCAGCACUGCCGUCUUCUGGACUGGAGCUGAAGACAUAUCUCGAUGAACAAAUUCGGACUUGUGUGGCCAAUGUCCUCCAUCUUUCCGCGGACGAAAUUGACUCUAAGGCGACCUUGUCGGAUCUUGGGUUAGACUCUGUGAUGAGUGUCAGUUUACGACGACAGCUUCAGCAGGCGCUCAAGCUCAAUGUUCCGCCAACUCUGGUUUGGAACUACCCGACGACGCACCAUCUGGUUGGAUGGUAUGUUGAGAAGCUGGCCCAGUAG